AUGGGGAUGUCUUGGAUAACACAAUCUGAACUAUUUUCAGAUGGAACUGAACUGGAAGUGAAAAGGCAGAGUCUGAAAGUUCAGAUCAAUGCAACAGAUGACACUGUUUGCAUGAGAUACCUUCGACCAAGUCAAAACACUAAACUAGAAGGUUUUGUCCUGGGUUAUGGAAGCAACUUCUUCUCUAAUCAGUACAUUCCUUUACCUUCGGAAGGCAAAACCUCCAUAACAGAACUUGAUGCAGAGCCACGGUAUUUGGUUUCAGUCAGACCAGCUCGCGUUUCAAAUAACAAGAAAUCUUGUUCAGGUCGAAACAAAACUCAAAAGCCACUGCAGCUGGUAGUUGGCACUCUGACCCCUACCUCUGUGUUCCUCUCUUGGGGCAUCCUAGUCAACCCUCAACAUGACUGGACAGCAACAAGUAACUGUGCUAGCGACAGAUUCUAUACAGUUCGCUACAGAGAAAAGGAUAAAGACAAGAAAUGGGUUUUUCAGCUUUGCCCAGUUACAGAAACGGUGGUGGACAAUCUGAAGCCCAACACAGUAUAUGAAUUCGGAGUUAAAGACAAUGUAGAGGACAGUAUUUGGAGCAAGACUUUCAAUCAUAAGACAGUUCUGUCUACAGAUAAAAAAGUAAAUGGACAACUCCAGAAUAUGUACAAAGAUUAUGGUCACAAAUUGCCAAUAUAUAUUAAAAAAAAAUUGAUCCCUGUCACAAUAAUCAAACAAGUUAUUCAAAAUCGGACCCAGUCAAAAACUCCAGAUAGUUCUUCUCUGCCAGGAGCAAUAUUAGUGCACCUUAUUGUUCCAGGUCUCAAUGAAACUCAGCAGAAACUUCCUCCUCUCCUGACAAUUGAUGACAUACCUCAAGCAUCCAGGAAAAAGCUGG